CUUGACUUCUAUUUCCCCGUCUAUAUAACGAGAGCCCGGCGGAUACGUGUUUCACCACCCCUUCCUUCCCAUCCACCUCUGCUCUGCUCAGCUCUACUGCUUCCCCUCCAUCCACCGAUCGAGUGAAAAGCUCUCCGUCCGCCGGAACAUCGACGACCAUGGCGGGCACGGCCAACUGCAUCGACAUCAUCCUCGCCAUCAUCCUCCCGCCCCUCGGCGUCUUCCUCAAGUUCGGCUGCGGGCACGAGUUCUGGAUCUGCCUCCUGCUCACCUUCCUCGGGUACAUCCCGGGGAUCAUCUACGCCAUCUACGCCAUCACCAAGUAAAUCAAGGCAGCCGCCCCGAGUGUUCCGGCGGAAUAGUAGUAUAUUUCCAUGAUGAUCUCGCCUGUCUAUUCCUAGCGUGCUCGGGUUAUUGCUUGUGUGGGUUCUUUGAAUUCUUUUCCGUGUACGUUGACGAUGCGAAUUUCUCUGUGGUUUCCAUGGGCCGUGUGAAGAGAUUUCAGCUUCUUUAUAUGUACUAUGUAUAUGCACUAGUAUCAUGUAUGGGAGUUUAUGCAUACAGUACUUAUUGUUGAAGUUAGAUUACCGCCUCCCUGUUCAAGUCUGGAAUCGGCAGUGAUGUGUAUGUAGUCGGGUUUCUCAUUUGAUUUUUCAGUUUUUCUUCAGUAAUAAUAAUAUAAAUAAAGAAGCAUCAGGUUCUACUGGGA